AUGUCUCUUCCCAGUGAUUUCCUGUGGGGUUUCGCUACCGCUGCGUACCAGAUCGAGGGUUCCGCUGAUGUCGAUGGCCGUGGCCCCUCCAUUUGGGACACCUUCUGUGCCAUCCCCGGCAAGAUCGCUGAUGGCAGCUCCGGUGCCGUCGCUUGUGACUCGUACAAGCGCACCAAGGAGGACAUUGACCUCCUGAAGUCGUUGGGCGCCAAGGCCUACCGCUUCUCCAUCUCCUGGUCCCGCGUCAUCCCCCUCGGUGGCCGCAACGACCCCGUCAACCAGAAGGGUCUUGACCACUACGUCAAGUUCGUCGACGACCUCCUCGAGGCCGGCAUCACCCCCUUCAUCACCCUCUUCCACUGGGAUCUCCCCGACGCCCUCGACAAGCGCUACGGCGGCUUCCUCAACAAGGAGGAGUUCACCGCCGACUUUGAGAACUACGCCCGCGUCCUCUUCAAGGCCAUCCCCAAGUGCAAGCACUGGAUCACCUUCAACGAGCCCUGGUGCACCUCCAUCCUCGGCUACAACUCUGGCUACUUCGCCCCCGGCCACACCUCUGACCGCACCCGCUCCGCCGUCGGCGACAGCGCCCGCGAGUGCUGGAUCGUCGGCCACAACAUCCUCAUCGCCCACGGCAAGGCCGUCAAGGUCUACCGCGAGGAGUUCAAGCCCGUCAACGGCGGCGAGAUCGGCAUCACGCUGAACGGCGACGCCGUCCUCCCCUGGGACCCCGAGGACCCCGCCGACGUCGAGGCCUGCGACCGCAAGAUCGAGUUCGCCAUCUCGUGGUUUGCCGACCCCAUCUACUUUGGCAAGUACCCCGACUCGAUGCUCAAGCAGCUCGGCGACCGCCUCCCCACUUUCACUCCUGAGGAGGUUGCGCUCGUCAAGGGCUCCAACGACUUUUAUGGCAUGAACCACUACACGGCCAACUACAUCAAGCACAAGACCGGCACCCCUCCCGACGACGACUUCCUCGGCAACCUCGAGACGCUCUUCUACUCCAAGAGCGGCGAGUGCAUCGGCCCCGAGACGCAGUCCUUCUGGCUCCGCCCCCACGCCCAGGGUUUCCGGGACUUGCUCAACUGGCUGAGCAAGAGGUACGGCUACCCCAAGAUCUACGUCACCGAGAACGGCACCUCGCUCAAGGGCGAGAACGACAUGAGCCUGGAGCAGAUUGUCGAGGACGACUUUAGAGUCAAGUACUUUGACGACUAUGUCCACGCCAUGGCCAAGGCCUUCUCAGAGGAUGGCGUCAACGUCCGGGGUUACCUGGCCUGGUCGCUGAUGGACAACUUUGAAUGGGCUGAGGGGUACGAGACGAGGUUUGGUGUGACGUAUGUCGACUAUGAGAAUGAUCAGAAGAGAUACCCCAAGAAGAGCGCCAAGGCGAUGAAGCCGCUGUUUGAGAGCUUGAUUAAGAAGGAGUAA